AUGCACAGACCGAUGGAUGUGGAUCACGGAUCACGCAGGCUAAUGACGACGGGUGUGUAGACUGUCGACGAACCUAGAGCACACGACAGGCAAAAUUCCUGGAAAGUAGGAGCAUUCCUCUAUUUUGGUUGACAUUGACUUCCUGCGUGAGCAGCAGGAAAAGCUAGCAUAAGCUGAGCUAUUUUGGGUUGUUCCGCCAGACCUGAGGGAGCAGAGAGAACGGCAGCCGCUGCUGGAGGCAACAACCACAACGACGAUGAGCCUAAUUGUGAUUGCCGGUGUGCUGGCGACUGGGUUUCUCUCUGUGGGAGCGUACAGAUUAUGGCUGAAAGCUACUGCCGACGACGACGAUGUAGAGAUCGACGGCACCAUGCGGACGAGAAUACGGCACGGAGGCUUGUGAGACGCUGACGACGAUCUCGCAUUGCUUCGGGAGUUUGUCGUAGAACAGAUUCUGAGCCUUGAUAGGGUCUUUCGCAACGACUAUUCCCGUAGGUGUUACAAACCGUUCAGGGACGACUGCAGAGCUUCCACGCCGGUGCAUGGGUACAUCUUGGGAGGUACUGCUGUAGUCCAUGACUUGUAGUCCAAGACAAGCCGAAAUGGCGCGCCAAAAGGGUGCCGUGGUGCUGCACCCCGUUUGGGAGUAGAGCCCUGACCAGUACGAUACUGUGUUUUUCCUCUCGGCCCCACUGCUGCAUUACUGUGUGCCAGUGCUGUGUGCUGUUGUGUGCUUAACGCUGGUGUGGAAGGAGGGGUGCAUUUGCAUCGUGUGGUGGAGAGCGGGGGAACUUUAAACAUUGCCAGCGUGAGACCACAUGUACCUUUGCAAACAGGGGGAUCGAACUUGGCUAAGAGGCAAUUUUUGCGUUCGAACCAAGAAUCGACAUCACGGCCCCGUGACCCCUCCUUCUCGACUCAGCCAAAUCCACAAACGGGCCCAUUUCGUCUUGGGGUGCCGGUGUUGCGCGACGGGGGUCUGCUCCGAAGAAGAAUACGUCGUGGUAAAAUCCGUGGUGCGCGCUUCCCGGAACUAACGGUUUUCUUAAUCUUCUCGGUAGAGCCCAAUCGC